CUUGCUCCACUUCCUUUCCGCGCCUACCCUAAACCCUUGCAGAAAAAGCGUGUAUUGAAGGGAGCUCGCCCACCAACUCGAAACCCUCAGGGAGAAAGUCGCGACGGGAGGUGGCCGGCGAAGGCAAAGAUGUGCGCGUUUCUGUUCGUCUGAAUUCCAUAAAUCUGAGUCGAUCUUGUGUUCCGUCGCUCGCUUGUUCUCGCCAUUCAGCUAGCCUUCGAUAUCUCCUUUUCUCUUGCCAUGGCUAAGAAGCAGCAGAAAGGUGGCCAAAGGGAGGAGAAGAAAAAAUACAAUCUUUCAUCAAAAGGUCCUGAAGACGAUCUUCUCGGAGUAGUCUCCGACACAGAAGAAGUGGAUGAAGACGAAAGCCAGGCAUCAGAUAUCGAAGACGAUCAAUCUGAGUCCGAGGUAUCAUCUGAUGGAGACCCCUUCGCUGACGACUUCCUCCGAGAUGGCGACGAAGAGGGGCGAGAUGAUUCCGGGUUGGAAUCGGACGAGUCGGACCUGGAAGCGAAGUCGAGAGCGAUAGACGAGGCCAAGGCGAUAGCUUUGGUGGAAGCUGAGGAGGAAUUGAAGUUAAAUAUAAAGGAGGAGUCGGACGAAUUUAGAUUGCCCACCAAAGAGGAGCUAGAAAAUGAAGCCAAGCAGCCACCAAACCUUCAAAGUUUGCAAAGAAGGAUUAAAGAAAUUUCCCGCGUGCUGUCAAAUUUCAAGUCUCUAAGGCAGGAGAAUACUUCUAGGAAGGAGUAUCUUGAACAGCUUAAGGCUGAUUUAUGCUCAUAUUAUGGUUACAAUGAAUUUCUCAUUGGCAGUUUCAUGGAGAUAUUCCCCGUUGUUGAGCUUGUUGAGCUCUUGGAAGCUUUGGAAAAGAAUCGUCCUGAAACACUGCGAGCAAAUACCUUGAAGACUCGCAGAAGGGAUCUUGCAGCUGUCCUUCUUAAUAGGGGAGUAAACCUUGAUGCAAUAGGGAAGUGGUCUAAGGUUGGGCUAGUUGUCUAUGAUUCACAAGUGCCUAUUGGUGCAACUCCUGAGAUUAUGGCUGGUCACUACAUGAGACAAGGUGCAAGUUCAUUUCUACCUGUUAUGGCCCUUGCCCCGCAGGAAAAGGAGCGAAUUGUUGACAUGGCUGCUGCUCCAGGUGGCAAAACAACAUAUAUUGCCGCUCUCAUGAAGAAUACUGGUAUAAUUUAUGCAAAUGAGUUCAAGGAAAAGAGGCUGAAGUCAUUAACAGCCAAUAUCCAUCGCAUGGGAGUGACAAAUACUGUUGUGUGCAACUAUGAUGGAAAGGAGUUGCCCAGAAUUUUGGGAAGCAAAUCUGUUGAUAGAGUAUUGCUGGAUGCCCCAUGCAGUGGUACUGGGAUCAUAUGGAAUGAGCCAUCUGUCAAAACCUCUAAGGCCAUCGAAGAUAUUCGAAACUGUGCUUUUCUGCAAAAGUUGAAGAAGAGAAGCAAUUCCAAACUAGUGACUACCGAACCUUCCAAGGCUUCUGAGGAAGCAGGCGAAGGAAUGGAUGUUGAAAAUGACCUAAAUGAAAAGACCAUAAAAGUCUCAAAGAUGGCGAUGAAGCAGCAAAAUAAUGAAGCUUCUAAAAGCAGCACCCUAAGUGAUGGGAAAGUUACUAUCCAAAAGAAAUUUGUUAAUGUAAAACAACACAAAUUUAAAUCUGUCCAGAAGAAUAUUAGGAAGCGAAAUUCAAGACCGGCAGGCAGCAAUCAAAGUAAUGGAAAAGAAUAUGACAAAAGAAGCUUGGGCAAUGCCAAAAAGAAGCGUAAAUUCCCAUCAAGAGAAGAAAUUUCUCAGGCUAGGGAAGAGAAGAGAAAAGCUCUGAAGAAGCAAAAAGUUUAAACAACAAUAGAAUUAAGUUCAAUUUUGAAGGCUUAAAUAGAUCUUGAACCAUGACCCUUCAGACGCAAAAUUUUGUGCUGUAAUAAUGAUUUUUGGAAUCAAAAUUUGUGCCUCAUGAGGCUUAAGUUAAUUUAUUAGCUCUCCUGACGUGUUAUUUUUAUUUUUAUUUUAUAUUUGAUGGCUAAAAAAUAUUUUAUGUAAACAUGUGGUCUGCCUCAUUAGGCAUCCAUUUGGAAUUUAAUUAGUGAGUGGCUAAUCAUCAUUGUAAUUUCUUUUAUUUCUAGACUUUUUGUAGUUUAAUAAUUAUAUAAAUGUUUUUACAUAUUCAGGCUUU